AUGACCAACCAUCACUACCGCACCACCCACCUCUACCUAAAAUAUAUCCACAGCACCCGCUCCUACUACAACUCAAAUCACGUCAACGGCAAUUACGAAAUCUCCAUCAUCACCCACGUUGGAGAGCAUUUCCAUUUCAUCCACGUCCCUUGUCCAUCAGCAAUGCGCCACAGAGACCACGAUCAGCCAUCCAUACUACCACCAUCAACGUCGAGAGUCACCAUUCGACCAGACGCUCCCAUCACCAAACGUUACCACCCCACAUCGUCUGCCAGCAGUUCUCGUUCACGCAGACGACCACUACAAGAGCAGUCCAACUGUUUCCUUUGCGACGAUGACCACUAUAUAUAUGAUUGCCAGCGCUACACCAGCCUCGAUGAACGCUGCAUGCGCAUAGCCAGACAAGCAGCUGCCUCAGAUGAUUAUACCAACAUACACCAAGCGAAUGUCGCAGAGAGAGACCAUGCGGAAUCUGUUCUUCCAAUUGGCACUAUCCGGCCGUCUGUCCCAAGAACGUCAAGAACCACAUAUACCAUUUUAUCAUUCUACAUACCACUUCACCAUCUUUAG